AUGGAAGUGGAAGGAUAUCCAGGACUCAUAAAAACUAUAAAUGAUGGUGAAGAAGUAGAAGAUUUUUCUGAAGAAUCAGAUGUAGAAGAAGAUUAUCAGCCAACAAAACAGAAAAUCAAGAGGAAGGCUGAUUUUGACCCAAAAUUCAAAUUUGUUUCAUCUGUCGAAGAAUAUAAUAAGGAUCCAUGGGAUGAUUUACAAAAGUAUGUACGUAGAAAUGUUAAAAGAACUCUUGACCAAAAAAUAGAACAAAAACGGGCAGAGGUGAAAGUGAAGGGUAAUAUUGAUGUAGAUACUGACUCUGAAGCUGAAGCAAAAGAUGGUGAUGUUGAUGAAUUGGAAAUAUCUGAUGAUGAGCUUAAAAAAGAUGUUAUUAAAACAAAAGAAAAGAAGUUGACUAAAAAACAAAAAUUAAAAGAUGAAUUAGAAGACAAUGAAAAUGAGGGUGCUAAAAUAGAGUAUGAUUCUGACUUCUUUGAAGACCCUCCACCUUAUGAUGAACAGGCAUCGUUUUAUAUGAUGAACUUAUCUCGGCCACUAUUAAAAGCUAUAGGCAGUCUUAAUUAUGUUCAUCCAACACCCAUACAGGCUGCAACAAUACCUAUAGCCUUAUUAGGUAAGGAUAUAUGCGCGUGCGCAGCCACCGGCACGGGUAAGACGGCCGCGUACAUGUUGCCGAUAUUAGAGAGGUUGUUGUACAAAGCGGCAGCCGACCGAGUUACUCGAGUACUUGUGCUAGUGCCUACGCGUGAGUUGGGAGCUCAGGUACAUACAGUCACUAGGCAGUUGUCGCAAAACACAUCUGUAACUGUUGGACUUUCUGUCGGUGGUCUAGAUGUGAAAUAUCAGGAAAGUGUGUUACGUCGUAAUCCAGACAUCGUGAUAGCCACCCCGGGUCGACUUAUUGACCACAUCAGAAACACACCGUCCUUUGGUCUUCACUCUAUUGAAGUUCUAGUAUUGGAUGAAGCUGAUAGGAUGUUAGAUGAAUAUUUCGCGGAACAAAUGAAAGAGAUAAUCCGUCAGUGUUCACCAAAGCGACAGACCAUGCUGUUCUCAGCCACUAUGAGUGAAGAGGUGAAGGAUUUGGCUGCGGUGUCGUUGAACAAACCGGUCAAACUAUUCUUAGAUUCGAACAAGGAUGUCGCCUUCAAUCUUCGGCAGGAGUUUGUUAGAAUCCGUAAGGAGCGCGAGUCGGACCGCGAGGCGAUGCUGGCGGCGCUGGUGUGCCGCACCUUCCGUGACCGCGCCGUCGUCUUCGUGCAGACCAAGAAGCAGGCGCACCGCCUGCACGUGGCGCUCGGCCUGCUCGGCGUCAAGGUUGCAGAACUCCACGGAGCCCUCAACCAGCCCCAGCGCCUGGACUCUCUCAAGCGCUUCAAAGACGAGCAGGUGGAUGUGCUGGUCGCCACCGACGUGGCUGCGCGUGGUUUGGAUAUACCCGGGGUCAAGACUGUGCUCAACUUCACCCUGCCCGCCACGUUGGAACAUUAUAUUCAUAGGGUUGGUAGGACUGCGCGAGCGGGUCGCGCGGGGGUUUCGGUGUCGCUGGCGAGCGAAGCGGAGCGCGCGCUGGUGAAGGCCAUCGUGCGGCGUGCGCGGCGACCCGUCAAGUCCAGACAAGUGCCGCCGGACAUAGUGGCCAAGUAUAGAGACAAGCUGACCAGGCUGGAGCCCGAGAUUGCCGCCAUAUUAGAUGAGGAAUAUGCUGAAAAACAACUAAAGAAAAUGGAAAAACAAACUGAGAAACUAGAAGGUGCAAUAAAAAAAGAAGAUGGUCCUAAAUUUGAGACUAAACGUCAGCACGAAUGGUUCCAGACGCCAAAACAAAAGAGGGAAGAAAAGGAAAGGCUUGCGUUGACUAAACACCCAGGGAAAGAUAAAAUACAAAAGGGCAAAGGGAAAAAACGUAAACAUGACGAUGAUUCUGAUGAUGAUGAUAAUAAGAAAAAGAAGAAGAAACAGACUAAACACACUCCCAAGGACACGGCAGAAGAAAGAGUGAAUCGUGAGAUGGAAAAGGUAGCAUUAUUACAAUCAAGAAUGGCGAAAGGUAAAAAGAAGUUACGUAGAAUACGUGCAGUUGACGACAACGAUGAUGAACGACCAGCUCAAAAUAGGAACAAUAAUAUGAACAAGAGAAAGAAACUAACCAACUUUGCAAACGAUCUUACUGACACCUCUAAAGCUUCAACCAAACGGUUACGUUACGACGCCAAUAGAGUACAAAAAGGCAAGCCUUUACAAAAUGGCAGAAAUAUGCAAAAAGCGGGAAAUCUACAUUAUUUGACAAUGUCGGAUGAAAUGGCGGUUAGUGAUAAAGCUUCACAAGAAGAACAUAAAGUAAUAAGCGAAGAGACUGAAGCUGAAGGUCUGGAUGCUGCAAAUCCUUUGGAACCUGUGACAGAGGUAUCAGCUCCUAAUGAAGAAGCUAUAUCUGAACCUAAGGAAGAUAAACCAGAACAACCGGAGCCAACAGAAGAAAUUGCAGAAUCUGAAGAGCCUGUUAAAGAUGAGGCUGAGGUUAAAGAAGAAGUUCAAGAAGAAAAGGCGCCUAAUACGGAACAGUCAAAUCCUGAUGAAGAAGUAGCGAAAGGCAUUAAGCGUAGAGCCUCGGCAGCGUUCAGUGAUGGUGCUGAUGAAGACUUUAAAGGCUUUGAUAGUAAAGAGAAGAGUGAUUUAGCCGAUUUUAGUAGAAUUGUUGCGGAAGAGGAGCGAAGGGUAAAACGGAGAACUUCCAUUUCUAGUGAUGAUGGUUUUAAAGGGUUCAACCUUAUUGAGUGCAACAACUUGACUGGAUAUUGUCAGGUCUUAGAGCGUCUAGAAGCUGAAGUGUCGACCGCCGCGAAGUCAUACACGCCGCUACGUAGCGUGAAUGCGUCGCCCGCGCUCAGGGCCAGUAAACGCGCGCGCCAAGACACAGGUGGGUGUACCAAGUGGUCUGAACAUCUCGAGGCUGAAGUGUCGGCAUUCGUGAGGAGCUUCUCUGAUGAAGAGGCGAAGCCAGCGAAACGGCAGCGUCAGGGGACUGAUGGAUCGAGACCGUCAUCGGCGUUGUCAUCUAGAUCUGAUGGUGAUGGUGCGAUGUCUACAGAUCCGUCGUCAUCCCCCGCGGCCCGGGGCCGGCGCCCUACGGCUGAGAUGUCAUCUCCGCUGCUCCGCGUGCCCCUGGAGCGCGGCUGGCGGCGCGAGCUGGUGUACCGCGCGGCCGGGGCCUCCGCCGACGCUGCAGGCAGGCGUAACGCUGAUAUAUACUAUUACACGCCAGCUGGGAAGAAGCUGCGGUCUACUAGGGAGGUUUCUGAACAAUUAUCUGGCACUGGCCUUACAUUAGAGAACUUCUCUUUCUUUAAAGAGCCCUUGGGUAUUGAUGAUCCCGAAAAAGAAAUCAUACGAGAUGCAAAGGUCAUUCGACGCGUGGAGUCCCCCGUCCCGGCCGCGCCCGCCCCCGCCCCCCGGCGCGAUGGGAAAAGAACACCAAAACCCAAGCCGCCAAAAGGGGCCAGCCCAGAGCCCGCCACGCCAAAGUCACCGCCAGCUAAGAUUAAGGUGAAGUCCGUGGGUUCUCGCCUCAGCAGCAACGGCACCGCGGCCCCCAAGCCGGUGAAGAAGCCCCCGCCGGGCCCGGCCGCCCCCGCGCCCGCCCCCGUCCCCGCGCUCAUGCCCGCGCCCCUCGCGCCCCCCGCAGCCCCUGCGGACAACAACAACACGGCCGCGUGGAAGAAACCUAAGGGCCCGCCGCCGCUGCAGCCGCGCCCGCACCCCCAGCACCCCAACGCGCCGGCCGCCCCCCACACCCAGCACCCCCAACACCCCCCGGCGGAGCGGGCGCAGGGGGCUCACCAUCGUCAGUCGCAGCAGCCGUGCUCGAUGUCGUGCGGGCGCGGCGCCGUGCCGUCGCUGGCGUGCGCCGCCUGCCUGUGCCUGUACCACCCCGCCUGCGCCGGCUACGCGGCCGCGGCGCCCGACAGCUUCCUGUGCAAGAAUUGCCGUAAGCCGUCUGCGUCGCCGCCCCUGGAGCCCCCGCCGCUGGCGCAGAAGCCCGCGGGGGCGGGGGCGGGGGCGCGGCGCCCGCCCGUGCCCGCCAAAGUGCCUAAGCCGAAUGAUAAGCGUGUCUUGUUGAGGAUGAAGGUAGCGGGCGGAGGCCCGGACGGUGAGAAAGUAUGGGCGGUGGCGAAGCCCGGCGCGGCGGCGGCGGGCGCGGGCGCGGCGCCCGUGUGCCGGCCCGCGCUGCCGCAGUCACUCGCCGUGCUCAACGGCAGGAGCGAGACGGGCAAGGGUCGCGGGCGCGCGCUGUCCAACGGCGCGUCGCCGCCGCCGGGCGCGCCGCCGCCGCGCCGCCGCGGCCGCCCGCGCGCCGACGACGCCGACCAUUUCACCGCCUUCUGCAACAAGCGUCCCGCCGCCGCCGUGCAGAUCUUCCAGUACCUGGGCAUGCGCGAGCUGGCCCGCUGUGCGCGCGUGUGCAAGCUGUGGCAGCGCCUCGCCGCCACGCCCGCGCUCUGGAGACACGUGCGCAUGAAAAACUCACAUGUGAGCGACUGGGCGGGGCUGUGCGCGGCGCUGAAGCGGCACGGCACGCGCUGGCUCGACCUGCGCAAGAUGCUGCUGCCGCCCAACGACGCCGUGUUCUGGGACCAGUUCGUGGACCACAUCGGCGAGGUCGACACGCUCGAGAGACUGGAGCUGUGCCGGUGCCCGGCGCGCGUGGUGGAGCAGGCGUGCGCGCGGCUGCCGGCGCUGCGCGCGCUGGCCGCGCCCGCCGUGCGCGACGCGCGCUUCGACCCCACGCCGCUGGCGCUGCUGCCGCGUCUCGAGCUGCUGCGCCUAAAGAGCCUGACCGGUCUGUCGCUGACGCGCGACCUGUCCCCGCUGGCGGCGCUGACGCGGCUGCAGCACCUGUCGCUGACCAGCAUCAAGGAGCUGGGCUGGUGCGCGUGCGAGGUGGUCGGCGAGCUGGAGAACCUGGAGUCGUUGGAAUUGGGCGAAUGCUCGUUCGGCGCUACGUUCGCGGCGGCGCUCGGCAAGCUGAGCAAGCUGCGGCGGCUGCGGCUCGAGCGCGGCGUAUCGCACUGCGCCGCGCCGCAGCUGCUGCGCGCGCUGGCCGCGCUGCCGCGUCUCACGCGGCUCGAGCUCGUCAACUUUGAUGUCAAGGUGGGAUUCGACGACGCUCUUGCGGAAUGUAAAAACAUCCAGAGACUACUGAUCAUACCCACGUAUGUGUCACAGUCUGCCACUACGAAUAAACAGGUGCUGAGUGGCGUGUUGCGACUGAAGGAGACGCUCACGCACCUGAUGUGGGGCGUCACCAUCGAGCUGCUGCGCGUGACAGAGCUGUUCAUCGACCAGUGCGAGGCUGGCGAGGGUGAGGGCAAGCGCCGCGACGUGGGCGAGUGCAUCCCCGUGCUGAAGCCGGUGCCCGGCUGCCGGCUGCCAGACGACCAUCGUACCGUCGCUGGACCGCCACAGGUGGAAAUCCUUCCAAUACCAACCCUCCAACGAUUACUCUCCGCACAACUGCCCAACACCAAGCUAAAGCUCCUUCGCAUCCCCUUCCACGCCACCUGGCGACAAUCGCUAGCGGACUUUCAG